AUGCGUGUAUUUUUGACUUUGUGUUCUUUGUUGGCGGUGGGUUUGGCCAAGCCCCAAUAUAACUAUGGUAAUGGUGUAUCGGGUACCUUUGGCAGCUCGGGUUCCUUGGGUUCGUCAGCAGGUGUGAGAUUUGCUGGUGGAUUCUCUUCAGGAUCUGCAGUGGGCCAAGGAUCUCAUUUUAAUGGUGGUUCUUCAUUUGGUGGCUCCCUUGGUGGAGGUUCCAGCUUAGGUGGUUCACUUGGCGGAAUUUCCAGCUUAGGUGGCUCCCUCGGUGGAAACUCAGCAUAUGGUGGAGCAAUUAAUGGAGGUUCCUCCUUAGGUGUUUCCCAUGGUGCAGGUUCCUCAUUUGGUGGAGCUUCUUCCCUUGUCGGCGGUGCCAACACUUAUCACCAAAGCUAUAGCUCCGGUCAUUCGGCACAAUUUGAAGCCCCCUUGGUGCACAAACAAUUCAUAACCGUUUCUGCUCCCGAAGACAGCGACAGUUUGUCGCAAACCAAACAUUUGGUAAUUGGUCGCCCACAAAAGAAUUAUCGUGUCGUCUUCAUUAAGGCACCAUCAAGCAGUAGCUCGAAUGUUAAGCUAUCUGCCGAAUUUGCACCCAAAGAAGAAAAGACUGUCAUUUAUGUGUUGUCCAAAAAGGAUAGUGCCUUGGAAGUCAACGAUAUUGCCACACCCGCCCCUACCGUUCCCAGCAAACCUGAGGUCUUCUUUAUUAAAUACAAAACUGAACAGGAGGCUCAACAUGCCCAAAGACAAAUUCAGGCCGAAUACGAUAAAAUCCAAGGCAGCUCCGAACACACAGAUGCUGGUGUUGCUCCUCAACAAUCGGUUGUUGGUAUUUUGGAUGGCGUUAAUGGUGGAGGUGUUGGUUCUGCUACUACUAUUGCAAGUGGUUCGGUUACAUCGGGAAUUUCCAACACCGGAGUAGCUUCAGAAUCUUCGUUCGUUGGCAGUGGAUCAUCAGGCUCUUUUGUUGGCAGUGGACCCUCAGCCUCUUUGGUUGCCGGUGGUUCUUCGGGUUCAUUUACUGGCAGUUCGGAUUCGGUUACUGUCAAAUCAGCUGCCUACUUGCCCCCGACCACCACACACUAA